ACGUCACGAAGCCACUCCGACUCACCGCGUUGGUCUGGAAACCGAUCGACCGUCGACUUGAAGCAGCAGGAUCCGAUGAAUCAAAUAAACAUUUGACAAUAAUAACGCCACAACAACAACAGCCAUAUAAUGGCUCUGGCUAUUGUUACAGACGCUUUGAACGCGUUAAUCAAGCCCGCCGAGCAAGCUGGCGGGACGCUGCAGCCCAGGGAAGCCCUGCUGGCGUCUUUCAGGAGAAACCUCGACGCGGUGGGAUGUCUGCUGCAGCAGCCGGACGUGGCCGGGCAGGCCCUGCGGCGACUCCGAGGCGGCGUCUGUGCGAACACGAGUGCCCUCAAGCCGCUACUGGGCCCGGCGAUGGACGGUGCCGGCGGCGCCAGGGAGGGCGACGCCGUCUUCCGGUUCGGCUCCGAGUGCCUCCUGCUGCUGCUCGCGCUCAAGGCCGCCAUGGCGGAGGCUCGGGCGUCUGCGGAGGCGCGGCGCGGGUCGCCCCCGCCCCCCGCGGCGAGGACCCGGAUGGGGGAGGCCGCCCCUCCGCCGCCGCUGCCCGCCGACGCGCUUGCCGUAGGGCAGACGCGCACCGUACAGGCGGUGCUGCAGUUCGCCGUCACGCUCACCGUGUGCCCGCAUCUCUUGCCCGGCGUGGGCGUGCCACUGGAGAGGAGGUCAUUGUACGGGGCGCUCCUCCGCUCCCUGUCCACGGCGAGCGGGGAGAGCGGAGCGGCCGCCGUGCCGCCGCUGUCGGCCGCGUGCGUGGCCCUCCUGGAGCUGUGCGAGGAGAGCACACUGGGCAGCCUGCUGCUCACGCGCCACCUCGGGGACCUGCUCGCCGGCCUGUGUCAGCUGUGCUACGCGCCCGCCGCGCAGGAGGUGUCGGCGGCGACGGUGGAGGAGCGACGCCACUGCGAGCGGAAGCUCUCCCGACUGCUGCGGAGGGUCUACCAGCCGGCCGUGGUGCGCGAGCUGCUGGUGCUGAAAGGCGCAGCUGUCAAGGGAGGGCAAGCCCCCAAGUGGCUGCACAGCACCUGCAGCCGGCUCCUCACCGACGCGAUGCUCCGACCGCGCGGGGUGCUGGCGGUGGUGGGCGGCGUGAUGGAGGGGGCCUGCGCAGCAUCCGGGAUGGCAGGCUGUGCGGAUGCGGCGGCGGCGGACUGGCGGAAUUGCGAAGCGGUCGCCCGAAUCCUGGCGUCCUGCGGCGGCCGAUCGUCCUCGCCGGAGGCGCACUACCGCAUCGUGUGCCCACAGGUGCUGGAGCUGCUGCACAUCGAGGACCGGCAGACGGCCCGACAGUUUCAGCGCGUCGCCACGGCGACGGCGGUCACCAUGGCGAGGGAGCAUCCGGCGCUCGCCCACCGCUACCUCUUGUCUCCGAUGCUGGCGCCGUUGGCACGCUACACCUGCGCCGAUGCCGUCGCGGCCGCGGCCGAGGUCGCGCCUGGCACUGGUGCUGCCCUGGUGGAGGAAGCCGAGCUGAGCCGCUGCGUGGAAGACAUCAACAAGGUGGUCGUGGCGUGCGGCUCCGAGCCUCCCCCGGUGGUGGUGCUGAGCGCCCUCGAGUCCGUGCUGCAGCCCCUCUUCCUCCUCUGCUGCUUCGCCAAGCGCGGAGUCUCCCACCUGCGGUCUCCGUGCCAGGAGACGCUGCUGUGGUUUGUGGAGCACGCCGAGCGGGAGCGGGCGGUGCGUGCCGUGGGCUGGCUGGCGGGGCUGCCCACUCGCCCGCCGAUGCCGCCGACGACGCUGCCGACGAUGCCGCGCUCGCUGCACUUUGCCCCCGGUGCCCACGGAGGAGCCGUCGCCCGGAUCCGCAUGGCGGGCGACGAGGACGAGGCUGCGUGCGGCGCGCUGGAGGAGGAGGCGUGGCGGCUGACGUGCCUCACCGAGCUCCUCGCCGCUGCUCAGCUCUCCGGCUUUGCCGGCGACUUCUUCCUCUCCUGCCUGAAGGACCUCACGGCGCUGAUGGUGCAUGAGCCCAGAGCGAGGGACGGGGGCAGCACCGAGGGCCUGGAGGCCCCGGGAGCCCCCGAGGUGGAGAGUGCCGGGGAUGCGAGCGACGUGGAGGAGAGCGACUACCAGAGGCUCCAGCUGAUGCAGCUCAUCCCGUACCUGUGCGAGAAGCUGGGCCACGGAAUCCUGCAGAGAACCACUCAGGUGGUGGAGUUUGUUCGCGUCACGCUGGAGAGGGCCACCGCCCGGCGAGGUGGUGGAGGUGGGCACGGGGAGGAGCGCCGCCUGGAAGCCGAGUCCCUGCGCCUGGCCAUGGGACUGGCGGCCGCCACGCUCGGCGGAGCCGAGUUAAGUCCGGCUGACCGGGCGGCCCAGGCAACCCUGCUGGGUCCCCUCGAGAGGAUCGUGAACUCUGACCCCGAUCCCGACCUCCGCGACCUGGCCUCUGACCUCCGCAUCGCCAUAGCGACGCACGGAGCGGUCUGCGGCGACAAUUUGGCAGAGGCAGCGCGGGCGACCAUCGGCCGGAAAGCGGAGGAAUCGGGAGACCAAACACGGUCCGGAGAGGGGCGGCCCUCACCACCGCGGGGUCACCGCCCGGCCGCCUCCCCGGUGACCGUGCAGGACAUGCUGGAGGCGACCUACGACCCCGAGGUGCCGGUGAGGGCGGCCGCGUUGCGCACCCUCACCGGGCUGGUCCAGCAGCGCCGCGCCGACGCCGUCGAGGAGCAGGACAAGAUCCUGGAGGUGUUCCUGGCCAGCGUGGACGACGAAGACCCGUUCGUGUACCUCUCUGCCAUUCAAGGGCUGGCAACGAUGGCCGACCGCCACCCGGCGCAGAUUUUCCCGCGCCUGCUGCAGGAGUACGGAGGAGGCGGCCACGACGGCGGUGACGGCGGUGACGGCAAGGAGGAGGCCGGCGCUGCGAGACCCCCGCGGCCACCGCAAGGCCGCGUCAAGCUGGGAGAGGCGCUGGUGCGAGCGACCCGCGCCCUCGGUGAUGUGGCUCCGGCGCACCGCGACCGGCUGGUGCACGCCUUCCUGGUGGGCGCCCGUGACCCGGACCCGCUGGUGCGGGCGAGCAGCCUGUGCAACCUGGGCGAGCUGUGCGCCCUGCUCUCUCACUCGCUGGGCCCACUGGUGCACGAGGUGUGCUCGUGCCUGGAUGCGACGGUGAGGAGGGACCCGUGCGCGGAGCCGAGGAGGGCGGCUGUGCACGCCGUCACGCUCCUCCUGCGAGGCCUCGGCGCCAGCGCCACAGAGGUGCUCCGGGACGUCCUGCGGGACCUCUACCGCCUGCUGAAGCACGCGGCGUGGAGCGACGGGGACCCGGCGACGGCGGCGCACGCGCAGACCGCGCUCGCCCAGCUCGACGGCGUCGUCCGGGGCGGCCUCUUCCCCGAACAGCGGCUCGAGAAGAAGAUCACCGUGCUGCCCUAGCCGCACACACGCACGCACCCACACAUGCUCCCAUGCACACACCCACACACGCAUGCACCCACCCACGCACCCAUGCACCCACCCACACACCCACACACACACCCACGCACGAACACACCCACCCAUGCACCCACGCACGCACCCACGUACCCACCCAUACACCCACACACGCACCCACGUACCCACGCACGCACGUACCCACGCACGCACGCACCCACGCACGCACCCUUCGCUGCACAUCCACCCGGGAACACGUGCACACCCGGGCACCCAGGUACAUGCCCGAGUCCAACACAUACUCACAGAGACCUAUUGCAUACCUCUGUGGUCCACUGCCUUAGCUGCACACUCGGGGAGUCCAUGCACACUCAGGGCCACAGGUACACCCAGAGACCCACGCACACCCAGGGACACAGGGACACCCAGAGACCCACGCACACCCAGGGACACAGGGACACCCAGAGACCCACGCACACCCAGGGACACAGGUACACUGAGAGACCCACGCACACCCAGGGACACAGGGACACCCAGAGACCCACGCACACCCAGGGACACAGGGACACCCAGAGACCCACGCACACCCAGGGACACAGGUACACCCAGAGACCCACGCACACCCAGGGACACAGGGACACCCAGAGACCCACGCACACCCAGGGACACAGGUACACACAGAGACCCACGCACACCGAUGUGGCCCACUGCCUUUGCUGCACACUCAGGGACCCACGCACACGCACCCACGAGACCCAUACACACCUCGAGACUCGUGUGCAGAGGCCCACGCACAUGUUAACCUGUUUGUAAACCCUUCAAUCGCUGCGUUCUUGCAUAGCAUCCCACACACACACACACAGCUGUAUGCUCAUGCACGCCUGCUUGGAGUUGCCCUGCCUUACACACUCCUGUAGACCCACACAGACAAAGCCAAAUAUGCCACGUAUAGACUUAACAGACUGUAGGGGCAAGUGCUGCACCUAUAACGGCCGGCACGGCACACACGGGAGUGGGUGGCCAACAUCACGCCCGGGAUGCCUUUGUCUCCCCAACGGCAAUGUUCCCACACCGAGGGGAGGCCCAGGACCGGCUCAAAUAAUCGUCACCGGUGUUGGCCGUUUGCGGGAAGCGGACUACCCCUCCCCAGACACACAGACACACAGACACACGGACACACGGACACACACACAGAGACACACACAGACACACACACACAGACACACAGACACACACACACAGACACACAGACACACACACACACAGACACACACACAGACACACACACAGACACACACACACACAGACACACACACAGACACACACAGACACACACACAGACACACACACACACAGACACACAGACACGCAGACACACACACAGACACACAGACACACACAGACACACACACACAGACACACGGACACACAGACACACGCACAGACACACACACACACAGACACACACACACAGACACACGCACAGACACACACACACAGACACACACACAGACACACACACAGACACACACAGACACACACACAGACGCACUCAUGCUCUGUAUGCAUACGUACAUAAAAGCCUUGCGAUUAAACUCGGUUCUCCUGUACAGCAAUCUGACAGUCCCGCGACGACUGCAUUCUUCCAUUCGGUCUUCAGUUAAUUUGCCAAAAAAUCCCAAAACGGUGAACAUUCAGCUUUCUUUUUUAGCAACGUGAUGUCCGUUUGACCGCCGUUCCAGCGAGAGCGUCGCUGCAGCAGGGUCAUCGAGUGGGAUGUCGGGACCAGUUCUGCGAGAUCCGGCCUCCGUCGACCAUUCCUCUCGUCAGUGCCGUCUGUACGGGGAUAGAGCGUUGCCCCCUCGCGCGCACACGCGCGGGGUUUCCUCCGGACGCCCCGGUUUCGCACAUGUUUAAUAAACGUUCAUCAUUAA